AUGGGUUGGGUCCAUAACCUUGCCCACCCGGAUGCCCACAACCAUGUGGCGCGCGUGAUCGCCAUCUGCUUGACAUUCAGCAUCAGUGCGGUGAUCGCCCUUGUGCUAAGGCUGUACAUCCGCUUGCAUUCGAAACGUGCCCUUUGGCUAGACGACUACUCGGCGGCAUGUAGUGCAGUGUUGGGAGCAGCCUAUGCGGGGAUUGCAGUGGCCCAAACACGGUAUGGCUUAGGACUGGACGCCGCUGCUUUCCCGGAUGCGAACGUGGUGAUGUUCAGUAAGAUCCAAUACGCUGGCGGCCCCACGUAUAUCCUUGCUAUCCUCUGCUUCAAGGUGUCGCUCCUGACGUCCUACCUGCGAGUAGGAGGUUUCGUGGCUGCCUAUCGAUGGAGCAUCAUUGGGGUGGUGAUAGCUGUGGUGUGCAACCAGGUCAUUUUCACGUUUCUCUUAACGCUGGCAUGCAAUCCGCAUUGGCUGGUAUAUUCACCCCCCUACCAACCCAUCAAAAUUAUGAUCCAUAACCAGAAAUUUAGGAACAAGCCUGGGCUUCGACCUAGUCAUUAUUGCCCUCCCCCUCCCGGUCCUAUGGUCCUUACAACUCCGACAAGCGCAAAAGAUAGCCAACCGAUCGUCUUAUGGUCGCAAGUGGAAAUAAGCCUGGGAGUAAUAAUCGCAUGCGUCCCCACCUACGGUCCCUAUUUCCACGCCUUCGCCUCGACCCUUACCUCAAGCUACAACACGCGCCGCCAACGACGCCAACACGCCUCGCAGAGCCAGACUAUGGACCCGUCCCGCUCGUACGCCCUGAGCGGGGCGCGUCGCACGCAGCGCAACCAGAGCCGGAUGCUCCCAUCCGAGACGGACGACCAGGCUGAGUUUCUGGAGUUAGGGGAGGCCAGUGCGGGAAGAAACAGGCCAUGGGAUAAUUCUGUCGCGGUGACGACGACGAUUGGGCAUGGUGAUGGAGAUAGUAGUAGUGGGGGGAGGAGUUCGUUGGGAAGUGGGAGGGGGAGAGGCAGUGGAGAGGGGAAGGAUGGGGAAGGCCCGUUGCAGAUUCAGAGAGUCGUGGAGGUGGAGGUUAGGGUCGAUUAG